GAAAUAAUUACUUACUAAUGAUAUAGUGUUGUGUACAAAAUAUCAUUAUUUUAUAGACGUUUUGAAUUACAGCAUAGAUUUUAUUUUUUAUUUGUAUAAUUAAUAUUAUAUUCAGGUAGGUUUUUAUGACAAAAAGUCACUAUGAAGUAGAAUAAUAUUCGAAAAGUAAUAAAAACAAUAUUAUUGUUUCAAAAUCUAAAUAUAUUUUCAUUUUAAAAACCGGUCAUGAACAAUAGAGUAUAUUAUUAUAAUUUACUUUCGUAUACGGUCCAAUAUAGUUCUUUUUUUUUUUCAAUAGAUCCUUUUAACAAUAAUAACCUUUUUUUUAUUUUUUGUCGUUGUUUAAUAUCAACAAAAAUAAUAUGUCAACAGUAACCGCGAUAACGUGAAAAAUGAGAAGGGGUCUGUUUUGGCUUCGUAUCUUUAGUUUAGCGGUAUUUUCGUGGAUAGUAUUUUUCGCGAUGACCGUCCACCAAGAACGGAAGCAAAAAUACAUCAAUAUCGAUAGUUUAAAUCAAACGCUAAACGAAGCUCUGUGUGAACUUACUAAAGUUCUCGAUGAAAACGCUGAACUAAAACAACAAGUGAUCGUCCUUAGUGAAAAGUAAUGUAUAACAUAUUAAUUUUUCUGUCGUUUAAACGUUAACUAUAUGAAUGUUUAGAAUAUUUAAAAUUACGAUAUGAUGCAUUUAACAUCGAGCUAUGAGUACCCAUCACAUAGGUUCGUUAUAAAAAUAUCGCUUUUUUUUUUAAUUUGGAUCCUGAGUGUAGCGAGGGAUUUAUUGGUUUUACUAUGUGUUUUUAGAUUUUGAUCACAGCAAGACAUGUAUUGCAUUUUCUAGAAGAAAUGGUUAAAUUUUCAAAAUAUUUGAGCCAUUUUUGAACUAGGUAUUUGUAGAUAUUUUAAUUUUGCAUGUGUUUUACAUAUUUAAUUAUUAUUCGAUAGAUACUCUAUGGAUAAAAUUCUAUGACCAAACAGAAAUGCUUAAAAAUCCAAUAGGUGGUUUAUUAUAAUUUAUAAGUCAUACUUAGAGCUCAAAAAAAAAAAGACGUCCUAGGAUAAUAGAAACGAGUGCACAUACAGUUAUAGAUAAUUUAAUGUACCUGUAAGCAACGAUAAACCAUUGUUUACGAAAAAACGAUUCUGAGUGGUAUUCAGUUGAUAAUGAUGCUUUGUUAACAAUAUACCGGGUAAUUCAUUUAAGUGGACUCAUUAUCUUGGAAAAUAUUAAUUUAUUUUGGUUUUUGUUUUAUUGAAAAUUUAAGAAACAAACAAUUCUACAAUUUUAUAUUAAUGUUAUUUUUUGUCACCCUCUUUUUUGGAAAUAAAAUCACUACCUACUUUUGAUUUUCAAAUGGCAACCUAAAUUAAAAAUUCCAUUAGUUUAUCUAACCGUUGAUCAGUUUACGAGAUACUCCACUAUUAAGUUUAGGUUUGAGGAGAGUAGUGGAGCACCACUACUUUCCUCCAAUCUAAAAUUAAAAGUGGAAUAUUUCGUAAACGACUUAACAGAAAUCAAACGUUUCAACACUAAAAUUUAUUUUAACUAAUAUUCCAUCUAUUUAUGGGAUUUUUAAUAUAGGUUGCCAUUUAAAAAUCAAAAGUAAGUGGUGGUUUCACCUCCAAAAAUAAGGGUGAUAAAAAAUAAAAUAAAAAUAAUAUUGCAGAGCAGCUUAUUUCAUAAAUGUUCUAGAAAACAAAUUCUGGAAAAAGUUAAUGCUUUCUGAGAUAAUGAGUAUAGUGUACCCAUUUAAAUGAAUCACCUGGUAUAUGUUAUUUUAUAGUAAAACAAUUAAAUAGGCUUUAUAUAUUUGUUUUAAUACUAUUUCUUUAAUGUUAUACCGAUUUUCCCAAUUUUCCUAUGUUUAUCCCGGUUUUCCCAUGUUUUAUCACGGUUUUUCACAUUUACUAGGAAAACUCCCGAUAAAAUCGAAAAGUAAAAAUUCCUUUUAGAAACAUUGAUAUCAUUAAAAGUUCGAGCAAAAUUCCUGGUAGAAAAGUUGUUCACAGCAAAAAAAAGCCGUAAUAUAUUUUAAUUAAUAUCUUUAUUUCUUAUAUUAUUUUCCGUUUUUUUCGUUCUGUACAGAUACAUUAAAUUCCCAUCUUACCUUCCACACUUUUAACCUACAAUAAUGGCUCAUCCAGUGCCGUGCCUAGCAAAAUCAGCGGCACCCUAUGCCAGAAAAAUUUACCGUUAAGCAAAAAAAAGAAAACCUAUCCAUUGGAAAUUUACUCAUACGCUCAAUUACAGAACUUUAAUAAUUUGUAUUGGCCAUAUGGUCAUAAAACCUGGUGCGUGGGCACCUCUUGCACCCUACUAGGCAGGUCCCUGGGCCCACUAUUGUUCAAAGUAUGUCCGUCUUUUUUUUCUUUGUGAUCUGUGUACGGAUUGUCUAAUAAAUCUUGUGCUAAUCAAACAUUUCUUUAUAGAAACUUGUCCAAUUUUGGAUCUAGCUAUUGCAUUACGGAGGUCAUUUUUUUGAUAUUCGUUGUAUUCGUUCUUAAUGAUUAGGAGAAACGAUAAAUUUGUUAUUUGAUUUUUUUAAUUUCUGGGUUACAUUGAUAAUUGGCUAUAAGAGAAGAAAUACAACUAAUACUACUACUAUGUUUUUAAAGGCCGUAAUAUUUACGGUUUUCGUCAAAAUUGUAUGUUAAUAAAACUUAUAAAAAUGUACAUUAUACCUACUAAAUUUUUUUUUUUUAUCACUAAGUUUUGACCUAUAAUGAAUCUUCUGUUAAAUUUUCAACCAUUUCUGUUUAUUCAAACAAUUUUAUCUACUAAGUAUCCAAAAAAUAAAAAUAACGUAAAAAAACUCGCAAAAUUUAAAUGUUUAUAAAUAGCUCAAAAAUGACUCAAUUGUUUUACAAAUUUCACUAUGUCUAGAAAAACAAAUAUAAGUUUUCUAUAAUAUUAUCAAGUACAGAAUAACAUUAAAAAAUCAAAAUUGAAAAUAAUAAAAGAAUUAUUUUCGUAAAUUUUCCUGUUAUUUCUACGUUUUUUUUUCAACUUUGCUUAAUUAUUUAAAAAACCUACCAAGAUAAUCAAAAAUUACUUAGUCAUCUACUAGAACAAAAAUGAAACAAAAAAAGUCUCAUGUUGUUUUCCUACUGGAAUAAUAUUUUUGGUAGAAAACUAACCGUGAUGAAUUAUCUCGUAUUGCAUCGUAAAAUGGUUAAAAUAAAAAGUAAAAAUAUGUAGAAUCUUCCAACUCUUUAGAGUAAAUAUUUAAAAUACUCAUUUUGUGUUAAUAUAAUAACAAAUUUAUAUUUUAUGUUUAUAGGCUCAAAGUCAACGAAAAACAACAAGUAUUCUUGACAUAUUCAAUAUUAAUAAAUUAUAAUGUUUUUUUUUUUUUAAUAAGUUCUGUUUUUAUAAAUAUAUAAAACAUUAUUUUGAUUGUUAUUCAUAAUGUUUAUUUGCAAUUGUGUUAGCAACAAACUUAAUAGCUUUUUAAAAUUUAUUAAUAAGUAUACGUACUUUUUUUUUUUUUAACAAUAAAUUAGAAUAUUCAAUUAAAUUAGAUUUGUACAACAGAGGCUUAAAAAUUUAAAUAAAUACCAUAGUAGUAAAAACUAAAUCAAAAUCGAGCAUUAAAAUGCAUUAUUUUAUAUGGUAAAACGUUCAUGAAUCACAAGUAAAUUUAACAAAAUAUGGCAAACACCAGAUUAAGAUUUUCUAUACGCAUACAUUUUAUUGAACAUUUCUUCUCAUCUUCGAACGCGUUCGCCAAAGAAAAUUAACUUACAUCAAUUUUUUCGGGUUCUCGUAUCUCAAAAAUUGGUCAUAUGCUAUAUGCUAAUACUCCACAAAUACUUAGUUCUAGGGAUGAUUUUUAUCUGGGGCAUUAUUCUUAAACUUAUAUGAAUAGGAUCUGUAUACGGAGACUGCUGCUUUCACAAGAUAAGAAAGUCGUAUUUUAGAUUCUGAGUGGAGCGAAGAAACCCAUGGUUUUACAAAAAUGUUUAUUUUUUUUUUUAUCUGUGCGCAACUUUUCUACUAGAAGACUUGCUUAAAUUUUUAAGUGCAGCACCUUUUCGGGGAGUUUUCUUAUUAAAUUUGAAAAACAGAAAAAAAAACGGGAAAAUGUACGAAAUAUAUUACUAAAAUAUUACGAUUUUUUUUCCAUGUGCACAACUUUUCUAUUAGCAAUUUUACUCCAAUUUAUAAUAAUAGCGAUUUUUCUAAAAGAAAAUUUCACUGGGGAAGUACUUUAAACAGAUCAUUUUUCGAUUUCCCCAAGAGUUUUCCCAGCAAAUAUGAAAACCGAGAUAAAACAUGGGAAACCGGGUAAAAUAUAGGAAAACUAAGAAAAUCGGUACGAAAUUAAACAAAUAUUAUUGAAAAAAAUAUAUAGAGCCUAUUUAAUUAUUUUAAUAUAAUAUGACAUAUAUAGUGUUCACAAAGCAUCACUAUCAACUGAACUCCACUCAGAAUCGGUUUUUCGUAAACAAUAGUUUAUCGUUGCUUACAUGUACAUUAAAUUAUCUAUAACAGUGGCUGCACCUGUCCCCAUUAUCCUAGGACGUCUUUUAAAAAAUUACCCGUAUACGAAUCAGUUAUUUUAAAUGAAGAACAUACGAUUCCUUCGGAUGAGUCUAGGCAAGUGACAACAUUCUCGUAUAUGUAUCCAAUUAUCCAAUGUUAAAAACCGUUUAUAUCACUAUAGAAAACAAGUUUUUUUGAUAUUUUAAUCAUAUUUUAUCACAUUAUUUACUUUAAUACUUAUAUCUUAUUUGAAAAUACCAUUUAAUGUAAUUAUUUUAUAUUAUUUAUACAUAAUGAUAUUAUUUUAAAAUAAUUUUAUAAAAUAAGGAAAAUAGGUCUAGGAAAUUUCGCUGUUGAUCGUUUUGCUGAUGGGCCAAUUUACUACCAAACAUUUUUCCACUGAACCGAUUCACCGCUAACCGACUUGUUACCGACCGUAUCGACGCCGGAUUUAUAAUCUAAAAUUUAAAGGGGAUUGUUCAGGUUUUUUUUUAAUAAUGAAACAAAUCGGUUUGUUGGUGUCAUAUCGGUAUAGUAUAGCAGUGAAUCAGUUAGAUUAGCAUCCGGUCAGCAGUGAAACAGAUAACAGCACUAUGGGAGCAACAUAGGAUUUACUUUGAUAGCCCAUUCUACUAUACCACAACAUACGUAACUUACUUAUAAAUAUCUUAUAAACAUAAUGAAUUUAAAAAAAUAAACAUGAACACAAAAAUAUCAAAGCUGAAAAAAUUUGAGCAUUAUAACAAUAAAUUUAUAAACGAUUGCAUAAUAACUAAUCUUAAUAAUAAAAAAAAAAAAAAACAUUUUAACAGAAAACUAAAAAGAACAAACUUAAAGGACCACCCGAAGAAUAUGAACUGCUGCGACGACGUAUAUUAUUGAACACAAAAGAAUUUUGGUAUUACGUGAGUUCCAAAUGGAGAGAGUUGAACAAAGAGUUCAAAAACGUAAGUUAUGUUGAGAAAACGAGAAACAUGAUCGACGAACAUUAUAGAUCAUUAAUAACCAAUGUGAUAAAACUGGCCGAUGUUGAUGGACAUGCUCGGUGGCGACAACAAGAACACAAUUAUUUAAGUGCUUUAAUCGAAAAGAGGUUGAAAUACGUACAAAAUCCACCGGACUGUUCCAAUGCGCAAAAAGUCGUAUGCCAAUUCGACACUGUGAGUUUUGGAUAAAUAAAUUAUCAUUUCAUUGUUUACUUAUGAUUUACUUAUAAUUAAACUAUCAAUCAAAAAACACUCAUUUUUUUAGGAUUGUUUAGUUUUUAUGAGCUUACAAUAAUUUGAUAAUUUCAUUAUUUCUUAAUCAAUUAACUGUAUAACAUAUGUGGCGUUCGUAAGGCAUUAAUUCGAAAAUGGUUUAAAAUUUAUUAGCCAAAACAAAAAUGUGUAAUUUUUUUCCAAAAAAUCAUGUUUCUAUUUUGUAGUCAAAAUUAAUUUUGUAGCUUAAACCAAUUUUCACAAACAUUACAUGCUAUUUUCGUGUUUUUAGAAUGAUUGGUAUGCAUUUGGUUGUCGAUUACAUCAUCUGCUCAACUGUAUGGUUACGGCCUACGGUUCUGGACGGACAAUGGUCAUGUAUAAUCAUGAUGCCUGGGAGUUUACUAGCGGAGGGUGGAACACCUUGUUUUUGCCACUGAGUGAUACUUGCGAGUCGGUGGAAGGCAAAACAGUCGCCCCUUGGCCGAGAAAUUCGACGCGUAGGUAUUCGCUUCGAAACGUGUUGUUCAGCGUCUUACCGUCUGUGUUUUUCAGACGAACCAAACACUCAAGUAUUAACGCUCGUCCUACCAUUAAUCACCGUGAAUGACAGUAAUCGUGCAAGACCUCCAUUCAUCCCACUUAUACUUCCAGAAGAUUUGGCUACGAGAAUAAACGUCUUGCACGGUGACCCCGGCGUUUGGUGGAUAGGUCAGUUUUUGAAGUACAUGCUCCGGCCUCAAAAAUCAAUUAGUGACAAAAUCACAGCAUAUGCCGAACGCAUCAAAUUCCGUACACCAUGUGUCGGGUAAGUACAGCUAAUUUUCAUCUGAUGUUCUGCGAUUUUCGUAUGAAAUUGUUGAUAUAACAUAUUAUGGUCUUUAUAUCGUCUGCAGAGUUCAUGUCCGACGAACAGACAAAAUUAAAUCGGAAGCCGCGUUACACAACCUAGACGAAUACAUGUACCACGUAGGAGAAUAUUACAAAAUCAAAGAACUGUACGACGGCAGGCCGUGUGAGAAACGAAUUUACUUAGCUACGGAUGAACCACAAGUUUUCGAUGAAGCUAAACUCAAGUGAAAUAAAAUAUUUAAACACAAUUAACAUAUUUUUUGUGCUACAAUCGUAACAUUGAUAUUUUUCAGGUAUCCCGACUACGAAAUAAUUGGCGACCCAGAAAUAUCUAAAACUGGAAUCCCGAAAGCACGUAAAUCGGAUAAUUCGUUAGUGAAUGUUUUUAUCGAUAUACAUUUUUUAGCUUCUUGCGAAUACCUGGUCUGUACGUUUUCAUCAAAUGUACGUAAAAACUUUUUUUUUUCAUUGUUCGACAAAGUCAAACAAUUAAAUUUCAUAUGCUGCAAUGUGUAUAAAAUUAAAUUUUUGGAAUAUUAUUAAAACUAUCAGAAUUAACACAAAAAAAAUUCAAGAUAUUGAUUAUGCGUAGCAAAAGCGGUCAAACAAUUGGGAAAGAAACAGGAUACAUAUCCACCCAUUACCUAAUUUUUCUUAAAUAUUUAUAAUAAUAUAUAAGAUGAUUUUUUAAGCAUGCUCACCCCAUUUGUAUGGUUAAAAUUAUACAUAAUUUAAAUUCUGAUUUUUGAAUUUUUUUUUAUGUAAUGAAACGAUAAUAUCGAAUUUCUUAUUACAUGUUAAACCUUUUAUUGUAAAUAAUUAUUACUAUAAAUAUGGAAAUGCGUUUUGAUGCUGCUCAAAUGCUAUACGAAAUAUAAUAUAAACAUCGAAUGUCUUAAUUUUUGUCAUAACACAGUGUAGUCUAUAAUAAUACCAACUUUAAUUUUUCAAACAAAAACCUAAAUGUUUUAAUGCAAGUUGUCAAUCAGAUGCUUAAAAAAAUCACUGUGUAUGUACAGAUUAAUUUUUUUAUCAUAAAACAGCAAUUAUUUUGGAGAAUUUUAAGUGAAUUUGAUUUCAAUUUUUUUUUCUAAUCAUUAUGGAAUCAUUUAAGCUUUAUUUUAAAACCAUUUUUAAUUUUUUAUCCCUACUCCAUUACUUUAAAUAAGUACAUACUUUUACUUUUUAAAUAGAAACCCUCUCCCUUUUUGAACAAAAAUUUAAAUAGAGAAUAUUUUUCUAGAUUAGAUCGGAGGACUACGAAUUGAUAAUAAAUUUCCUAUCUAAUAUUAUAUUAUUAUUAUUAUUAACGUAGAUUACUUUUGUAAGAGAAAUGUGGGAUACAAAAUAUAAUUUAAUUUACAAUUUUACGCAAUGAUAACUCAUUAUUAACGAAAAACGAUUCUGAACGAAGUUCGGUUAAAAAAGUUUUGAAAUGCUACAAUUUGAAUGAUUUUCUAAAAAAAAUUUUAAAAAUGUAUUUUCGAAUACAUACGAUCGAAAAAUUUCAGAUUUCAAUAAAGAUAUAAGCUUAUUAAGUAAUAUAGAAAGUAUUAUGGAAAAACAUUUUACUUCAGUAGCUACAAAAUUUAAAUUAUUAAACCUACGAUUAUUUUUAACUGAAUUUCAAAAUAAUAAAUAAAGUUGAAAAUAAAAGAAAACCAUAUUUCGUAAAUAUUCACGUUUUUCUCCAAUUAUUAAGAAAUCUACAAAAAAAAAAAAAAAAAUUCAAAAAAUAAACUUAAUGCACCAACUACUCGUAAUCGAAAUUUGCUACCAAAAACCAACUCUGAAAUCGAUGGUCAAGAUUUCUGGUUUAAAAGUUGCUAACGUUAUAUUAUAAUAAAACCAAUAUAUUUCUCGCUUUAUUUAGAAUAUGAAAAAUAUAAAAAAUAAAAUUACAUUUGCAUGUCAAAUAUAUUUGUAUCCUCUUUUCAGGUUUGUCGAAUAGCUUAUGAAAUAAUGAACAGUGUCAAACCCGACGCGUCAGCUAUGUUUACAUCUUUAGACGACACAUAUUACUUCAAUGAUCAAAUACACAGACUAAAUGUCGCUAUUUUACCACACAAAGCCGAAGGACCGGAAGAGAUGGAUUUACAGGUAGGCGAUCAGAUUGAAGUAGCCGGAAAUCAUUGGAACGGUUAUUCAAAAGGAAUGAAUCUAAGAACAAAACAAUUCCUACUUUACCCUACUUUUAAGGUAGGUAUACAUAGGAAAAAUAUAAAUGUUACACGUUUAGGUUACAGUAAUAAUAUAGAAAAAAAUAAUUUUAUUUAUACGACGUAAUAAAAUUGUAUCUGUUUUUUCGUCCAUCCAGGUAAUUCCGAAAAUUGAAACCAUACCAUUCGCCACUUAUCCUAAUAUUACAAUAAAUAUUGAUGAAUUCAACGAAGAAAUAAACGAAUAAUAAUUAAUGGUUGAUAAUUAUGUGACAAAUGUUAAAAAUAAAUUGUAAAUGUGAUUAAUUCGAAUUUUAUCUAUCAAUAUAUUCAGAUCGAAAGUCAAAAUCGAUAUAUAUUUAUGGUAUACGGUCAGUGACGCGUACAGAAGGGAGAGAGUUAGAGUUUUUAUACUUCCUCUCCCCACUCAUUCGCAUAAAAAUACAAACUAUGAGUAUAUAGUAAUAAUUUUACCAUGAAAUUACGCGUAUAUAAUAUUUCAGUUAAAUUACUAUAAAAAAAGUUUGAUUCAUUAAAUAAAAAUUGGCAUUUUUAAAUCCAACUUUUAAAUUCUCAUUAUCGAGUUAGGUGUGACAAAAGAAAAUUCAACGAUUUAUAGAUGAAUCAUGAUUAUUAUAUACUAAAUCCCCAACCAUUCAAAACUCCUGAGCAACGUCACCCUUUACGGUCAUACGAAAUAAGAAAUAUAUAUAUUUGAAAAUAGAAGAUGAUUAAACAAUAUAUUUCUAUAACGAUUGAAAAAAAAAAAAACCAAAAUAACAUUUACUAAAAAUCCUUGGGAGAUAAUAAUCUGUGGUCUACGAUAAAAAAAAAAAAAAAAAAUCACACUGUAUUGUCUGAAAUAACAACUAUUGCAAACAAAACGCACCUAACUUCAUUUGGUAAUAUGAUAUACGAACAAACUUUACAAAGUGAGAUUAAAAAAUAUUUUAUGUUUUUCCGACGAAUUUAUAUAACUAUUGUCGUUUGUCCCUCGCUGUUUACAUAUCACGCA